GGAAAGUAAACCGUUUUUUAAUUGUGCGAAAGGUGGCUCAUUAGACGUUAACGAUGAAAUUGUCACGGAUGCUGCUAUAAUGACGAUACGCGACGCUGGAUGUGUAGGCGCUGUUCGUGACAUAGAACAUCCUAUUUCUUUAGCACGGAAAGUAUUAGAGAAAACGGAACAUGUUCUAAUCGUCGAAAAUGGAGCUCAAAAAUUUGCCUUGGAUAACGGAAUUUCAAUUUUACCGCCGGGAAGUUUAAACAUAUCCGAAUCAUUAAUGUCAAGUUUUGAAUCGCUAACAUGUUGUAUGAAUGAAGAACAGGAAGGAAAUGAAUGGAGAAAUGAUACUAAGGGUGAAAAAAAAGAAUGCGAUUCGGAUUGUUUCAUAAAUCGAUCUCAAGAUGGUGAAGCAUAUCCAUAUUGUGUAUUAUCUACUGAUUUAGACGGGGAUGAUCCAAUAACUAUACAGGUGUGUUUUCUACUGCACCAUUAUUUUAUAAUACUAUUAGACUUCAGACACAUUAUAAAAUCAUAA